AUGCGAUCGGGGAGUCAUGCGAAGAGAUUGGAAGCUGGAGUUGGAAGGUCAAGAAUUUCAUGUGGGCAGGAGGGGAUUGGGCCAGUAUAUCUGGGAAGGGUAAGCCAGAGUUCUGGUCAGGGACUGACGAGAUAUGAGGAGCUGGACGGCAAGAUAGCUUUGGUGGUGAUCGUGGGCAACGGAGCCGUCGGGAAGUCCUCCAUGAUCCAGCGCUACUGCAAGGGGACGUUCACCAAGGAGUACAAGAAGACCAUCGGGGUCGACUUCCUGGAGAGACAGAUUACGACGAGGUGGAGACGCUGGCCCGCGAGCUGCGCAUGCGCCUUUACCGCACGUCCGUCAAGGAGGACCUCAACGUGGACCAGGUGUUCAACUUCCUGGUGGAGCGCUACCUGGCUCUCAUCGCCCAGCCCGAGGACAUCUACGCCGCCAAGACCGUCGGGGAGAAUAUCUUCGGCAACCCUGCGAAGUUGAAGAAGGGAGACACCAUCACACUCAGCGGCAAGAAGAAGUCCAGCAAGAAACAGCUGAUAAAGAACGCCUGUAAAGUUCUAUAAAGAGCGUCUUGUUAGUUCUUGCCCGUAUGUGAACGUACAACGUGAAGAUUCCUGCGCCCAUAUUCUUGUACAUGGCUUCUUGAGUGAUCCCAGGGAAAUACAGAUGUUUUUUUUGGAUACGAGGUGUUGGUUGCUGUGGAGACGGAGAAAUGGGGGGGUGGGGACUUCAUGCCAAUAACUCUUGAACAACAAGAGAUCUGUUCUUAAGCCUGGACUUGGUGACUGAUGGUGAAGAGGUCUGUUCUUAAGCCUGGAGACUGAUUUGGAAAGUGUUCUCUCACAGGCUAGAAACACUGUAUUUUCAGUAACCGGACUGGGGUUAAGGAGAAACCAUUGUGGACAUAUGAUUAUACAUAUAUAUGGCAAAUCAACUAUAAUUGAUAGAUAGAACUCGUCAUGGUUAUCCAUCAAAGAAACCGUAACGUAGUGUGAAAGCAUGGUACCCUAUACACUGCAAUAUUUUUUUAGCAAAGUCUCAGAAAUAGCACAGAAUCCAUACAACGGAAGGAAUAUAACCACACUCUGAAACACAGACACACCCGGGGCGCCACAACCAGUGCCUCAGAUCACGAGGAAGUCCCAGUGGAAGGCGUUUGGCCACGGAUGGAUAUUUAAUAAACACACUAUGCGUUAUUAAUCACAGGUAUAAGCAUAAGGCAGAGAUUGCCGAACGGAGAUGAAUAUGUAUCCGAUCGUCUUCACACACUAAUAUUAUCAUCUAUGUAUCCAUAUAUGAAAUAUGUGAACCCACACACUAAUAGUCUGAGUCUGUCUCCUCACACAUCAUAAAUGUAUAUGAAUUAGACUUUAUGUUCUGUCCAUUGUAAAGGAAAAGUGUUAGACUGUUGAAGUUGAUGUGAUAACACCUUUGAAAUGAAUAUGUUAUGGAGAUUAACGUGAUAAACCAUAAUAUUCAUGUACUUUCACAUGUUUUAUUGAUGAUCACAUGACAAAUCUGUGAUAGGAUGCCGUCCAUAAACUACCACAAAUGUUUGACAAAAUUGCGCUGAUUUCGUGUAUUUCAUUUCGUUAAUUUCUUUUUGCAAAAUUCCAAUCAUGGCAUUUAAGAGUAAAGUGCGAUAAACGACUUAGCUUGGAAGAAACACAUAAGCGAUAGCAGAGUAGAGUAUUAGUCACAGUUCAAGUAAAGAAAAUGAAGUCGUGAUUCAGCAACACCAUUUUUUAAGAGGAAUACCCUUGUCAGUUCCUUUCUAAAUACACUAUUUAGACAGCAACAGGAGGACUCACAAUAGUAAUCCCUUUGUUAAUAAGGUCCACACAGACGAUUCUUGUACUCAUCACACAAUAUAUAUAUACAUAGAUCAAGGAAAGCACAGCAGUGUAUUAGAAAGAAAAAGUCCCCCUUGUGAUGAUCGUGUAAUCAAGGAAUGAUACUAAUGAGUUUAGUUAUUAACGGAGGGAAUCAUAGUUUUUUCUCAUUGAUAUGAUGUAGGAAGGAUCAUUCAUAUAUCUGUAAGGUAUGGUGAGAAUCAGUAAGUCCACAGCACUAGAGAGGUACAUGCUUUUCAGUGAAGUCAUUAGAAUUACAUACAAUUCUGACGAAGACUGUUCAUUCUCAUCGAUCCCUUUAUACAGAAACUUGUGAUACGUCAUAUAUUAGUUACAUAAAAUAAUGUGCACAGACUUGUGUACUGCAGAAAUUCAUAUCCAUCACCAUAAGUAUAAUGUAAUGUCACUUUAUACCUAGCGGUAGAAAAUCAAUAUUAGGAAAGAUAUUCGCCCCAGAAAAUAAUUGACUUACCCAUACAGUCAAUUUGCAUAAUUUUAUUCUAAAUACAUGCAAAAUAUUAUGACCAUUCUGUACGAAGGCUUAAGUUUUCCUGUCACUUUGAUCAGUCAACCUAUUGCAUGAGGUGUAUCAUGGAAGAGCGUAUGUGUUGUGUAAUUAAGAGAAAAUAUAUCAGUCAGAAUGCAAAGGCCAGUUAUUUGUAAACUUCAGAAAGAUUGUGUCCUGACUGAUCCAUCGUUCUUUCUGGUGGUGCUCACACAUCCCCAUCGAGGGGCCUGAUAGGUACCAUGUGCCAACCACAUCAUCCAGGUAAAAACAUGUAGAAGGAAUGCAGGAAAUAUUGUAUAUUCUUCAUCCAAAAAUUUAUGUUCAGUUCAGUAAUCCGGUCACAUUCUAAUCCAUUUGCUUUCCUUUGAAAAUAAAUAAUCAAAUAUUUACUGCAGCCUAGCAACGAGAACAACGAGAAGAUACAGUAGGUUAGUGCCAUAAUUAUUUUCAUACAGUCUGCUGCUAACUGGAGGCACCUGGAGGCCAAAGUGCCCAAUGAAAGUGGCAGUUGAUGAGGUCCCCCUUGUAGAGGUGUGGCCUGUUACUUGAUGUGAUUUUUUCAUUUGUAUAACCUGAUUCUUAUAUUCACACAAUAUAUUCAAGUCAUUGUUUUGGAAUGAAUAGCUGUAUUAUGUAUAUACUUUCCUCUUAUGAUUAGGAAGUGGCUAUAAAUUCAAGGAGCAUUCCAGCGUUUAAGUCUAAGUUAUAUGACUUAUUUGGAAGUUAUAAUAUUUAGCACAGUUAUGCACGACAUUGUCUUGUCCUUCGUUGACAAAAGCAAAAUUAAUUGUACCCCGUAAUUCUUUACUUCCUGAUCAAUCUCAAACCAAAAUAUUUUACAGCUAACUUUCCUAUGUGUUGCGUAAUUAUUAUAGAAGUGUUUUAGGAAAUUCAUGAGAAUUUUCUAUAAUAUAAUGAUAAUGUUCCCCAUGUAUGCUUAAUACAAGGACAAGCUUUUCACUUCACUCUCUUGUAGGGGAAUAUAUGAUUUUAUGUACAUAUUGUAACUUGUGUAUAUUUUUUCUCAUUUGAAUAAUGUUUAGCAUAUUAUUUCGUUUAUUGUAUUGUAAUGUAUGUGUUGCAUAAAUAUACUAAUUGAUAAUGG